AUGAGGGUCGCGAUUCGGGAGCAGCUGGCGGCCCUCGUCAUCGUCGCUGUCAUUGUUUGCUUGGUUGUCGUCUCCGUCCCUACCUGGAACUUUGUCAACAACUUUGUCGUCGGCGUCGAGACCUCCAGCCUGGCCCUCACCGCGUCGCUCAAGGCCACCCGAAUCAGCUCCGAGAUCAACCUGCUCCUCAUCAUCUGCCAGUCCGUCGCCAGCCGCAUCCUCCUCCAGGAAGCAUUCGUCGACUUUUACAAUGGCAACGCCUCCAACCCCUUCGACUCGGCCCGCAAAGACAUCACCGGCGCCAUGACUAACAGUCAAGUCUCCGGCCUGCUCCAAGCCCGCCUCUACUCUCGAAACAUCACCGGCGCUGCCGACAAAGGCCUUCUCAACGUCACCGCCGCAGGCAUAGGCAACCAAGACGUCAACAUUGCUCUUCCAUACCUCACACCAGACGGCCAACGCGCAAAUCUCAGCGACACACAAUGGGGGUAUCCCCCCUCGCUGUAUCCCAACAUCACUUACGAAGCCACCGGCAAACCCAACCCUGCCGAACUUUCCACUGAAGGUUACAUAGCAUAUGCUUUUCCCGACACUAGGAUCAGCGACCGUGGCGGCUUGCUUCUUGGACCUCUCAUCGUCAAUGAGACAUACGCCCUCAUGUCUCUGACAAUUCCCGUCCGAUCCAACCAAAACGCGGGAUACGUUAUUGGCUUCAUGACACUUGUAGUCUCCGCCGAGUCUCUCCUCGAGGUCCAGACUUCUCGCGAAGGUUUAGAUAAGUCGGGCAUGGUCCUGAUUGUCGGUCCCGCGUACCCAUCCAACAAAUUUCUUGGCCGCACCACGCCGUCCAACGGCACCCAAUCCCCCGAAAAGAAUGCUCUCGGCAACGUCAAAGCCCACUUUGUGCUGCCACCCAUUACGCCAGACGGCCAAGGCGACCGACAUGGAAACCGAGACUACCAUAGCGGCAACUCCGGCACCGAGUUCGAGCUCGAUCAAUACGAGGCCGUUCUCAAUGUAUACUACAACAAUGGCACACAGCUCAACAACGCCACCGCCAACUUGUCAACGAAAAACGAGCAAGGCGUUCCUGUGGCCGUGGGCAUAGCUCGCCCGCAGUCAAGCCUUGUCAGCUGGGCAGUGGUGGUUGAAAAGGCGAGAUCCGAGGCAUACCAGCCCAUUUCCAAACUCCGCACGAUUCUUCUUGCCUGCGCAUUUGGCACCGCGGGCCUCAUUCUCCUCCUUGUCAUCCCGUGCGCUCAUUUCGGUGUCAGACCCAUCCGGCGCCUCAAAGAGGCCACGGAAAAGUCCAUUUGCCCUCCGGGAUACGAGGAUUGGGAGGACGUCAGCGAUGGCGACGGGCCAAGUUCCGGCGCCACGCGCACCACUGCCUCUGGCAAAAGUGGCUGCCUGGCUCCUUUACGACGUAGAUUCAGAAAAAAGAAAAAGGCAAUGACCCUAGCUGAGAUCGAUGCCCACCGACGAAUCUUUAAAAUCCCUGGGCGCGUUGACCAGGGAAAGCACUUUGUGACAGACGAACUCACAGAGCUUACACAAACAUAUAACAGCAUGACCGAGGAACUGUUGAAACAGUACACGCUUUUAGACGAAAAAGUGGCUGAGCGCACGCGCGAGUUGGAAAUUAGUAAAAAGGCUGCCGAGGCUGCCAACGAGAGCAAGACGCUCUUUAUCGCCAACAUUUCUCAUGAGCUCAAGACACCUCUGAACGGCAUUAUGGGCAUAUGCGCCGUCUGCAUGGAAGAUGAUGAUCUUAGCAGAAUCAGGCAAUCUCUGAAGACAGUGUACAAGUCAGGCGAUCUUUUACUACAUCUCCUCGAAGACUUGCUUAGCUUUUCCAAGAAUCAAAUCAGCCACCAAGUCAGUCUCGAACGACGAGAAUUCCGCCUCGGCGACAUCAAGUCCCAGAUUGAGUCCAUCUUUGACAAACAGUCGAGAGAAAACCGGAUUCAGCUCUCAGUUGAGUACCUGUCGUUUAACAGUCUGUACGGCACACCAGAGGCGCAGCGUCGCAGUAUAGGCGAGCGGUUGCCAGCUUUGGGACCACCUGGAAUGGGACGGCUUAAGGAUGCAUAUCUCAUAGGUGAUUCCCAUCGCAUACUGCAAGUCAUUAUCAACUUGGUCGGCAACAGCGUCAAAUUUACCCCGGUGGGUGGCAAAGUGGCGCUUCGAAUACGCUGCCUGGGUGAGGCGGAGCAGGCCAGCGGUGACGAGUUGAGUCGAAACUCAUCCCUGUCUCGAUCUCCUUCUGGCGCGCAAGCUCGGCGCCAUCGUACGCGUGGUAACUCGAGCUCCAUUCACUCCGGCAACUCGGCGACAGCGACGGCCAUCAAGGACGGCACUGCACUCGAGAUCAAUCCCAUGGAGCCCAAGGCAGCUCCGCACAUUUCUCUGCGCGAUAGGUCCACGUCACCACCACCGCCCAAAUAUAAAGCGUAUGUCUUUGAGUUCGAAGUGGAGGACUCCGGACACGGUAUUCCCGAGCACAUGCAAACCAAGAUCUUCGAACCCUUUGUACAGGGCGAUUCUGGCCUGAACAAGAAAUUCGGCGGCACAGGCUUGGGCCUCAGCAUCUGCGCCCAGCUUGUCAAGCUCAUGGGUGGUACCAUUGGUGUCAAGAGCGCGCCGGAACAGGGAUCCGUCUUUACGAUGCAGAUACCGCUCGAGUUCGUCAAGGACCGCACCCCGAGUACGGCAUCUUCGAGCAUCCGAUCCCGCGCCAAUAGUUUGGGUUCUGUCGCAGAGGACACGCAUCGUACGUCCGUCACGACGGUCAGCAACGGCACAUCAAACACCGGCUCCGGCGACCAGAAGCAUAACAGCGGCAGCGGCGGUGCCGGCACCAAUGCCAACCACCACCUCCUCGAGGAUAAGCCGCGCCUCGUCGGCCUCAGCGCGCCCUUCUUCACCACGAACCAGUCUCCGCACCUCGACACGGCCAAAGGCUACAGCCACCCGCGCGGCGCGCUCGGCGGCGGCAGCGGCGGCGGCAGUGGCAGCAGUAAGCUCAGGGUGCUCGUCGCCGACGACAACUCAACCAACAUCGAGGUCGUCAGCCGGAUGCUCAAACUGGAGGACGUGUACGACGUGACGGUGGCCAAGGAUGGGCAGGAGGCGUACGAGCUGGUCAAGGCGAGCAUGGCCGGCGGUCUGCAGCCGCAGCAGCGGCCGUUUGACGUCAUCUUUAUGGACGUGCAGAUGCCCAACGUAAACGGCCUCGAGUCGACGCGCCUCAUCCGCAAGAUGGGCUACGUCGCGCCCAUUGUCGCCCUCACGGCCUUUUCCGAGGAGAGCAACGUCCAGGAGUGCAUGGCCUCGGGCAUGAAUGAGUUUCUCAGCAAGCCCAUCCGCAGACCGGCGCUGAAAAAGGUCCUGACGAAAAUCUCGACGAUUGAGGAGGAGGACGUCCAGCAGCCCACGCCGGGGCUGGAGCAGAGCCCGAGCUCGCCGCAGGGAGGGCAGGUCUCGCCGCCGCCGACGCCGCCGACGACCGGGGGCGACGAGAUUGACAAGAAGAAGACGAAUGGGGUCUUAUUGUCAAAGGAAUAA